GUGACAUGCGUUGGACCAAAUCUACAGUUGGUUGAUGACAUGGAUACCUUUUUUCCCAGCCACCUUUCUACAGCGGCCAAGGUUUCUGCAAGGUCCCGCCUGCAGCUCACAAGUACUUGGACUUGACCUCCUUUCCCGUUGGCGAGCCCUGGACAGAGCAAAGUCUCCAUUGCUUCUUUUUCCACGGCUUCGCUGCACUCCACUCACUUUGGCUGUUGACGGAUACCAUGACACGCCCACCUCUUUUGGCCUCUGCCUGCCUCUUCUCACGCCCCUUUCUCGUCUCACCUGUCGACGUCUCUGGUGCUGUACUGACUCCAGCUUUGGUCCCUUCCCUUUGGGCUUUUCUGGGGGGAGCUUUAGCUUGCUUGCUUCAGUAUAGGCUGGUUGAUGUUCGCUCUAGUUAUCACGUCUGUCUCCCUGGAUUUGAACCACGUCAGGGCUCACCCCAUGUUCAGCUCACCUGCAUUUCUCUUCUCUCUCUUUUCUUCUUCUUCCCCUCUUCUGACAUAUUCAAUAAUGACAAUGACAAUAAACAACAUCCAUUGACAUCGCCCAACAAUCGCUGAAUCAAUAACCACCCCGGCCAUUAUUCAAGCAUCCUUCGCAUUAAUCACACGAAGAGGUCGAGCGGGAAACUCUUCGCUGGGGCCUCUCUUUUGGGACCAGAGCAGAGUAGAGCAGAGCAACUGGGUUACCUUCCUUACCUUAACGUAUUCGCUAGUGGCCUGAGGAUCCUGCCCCGAUCGGCAGGUUCAGUUCACCUCAGUCCAGUUCAGUCAGGUUCACCCCAAUUCAAGCCACCCCCCCCUUGGCUCGUUGCCCUUGGCCCUUGUCAAGAGCUUUCUUUCGCUCUCCUUUUCGUUAAUAUCGACCCUAUCCACUUCUGCAAUCACCCUCACUCAAGUCACUCCUUUUGCUCCUCUGGAACCUGGACCCUCUGGCGAGAUCUCAUCUCUCUUGAUUGACGUUUAUUCUCGUCCAUCGUCGUCUCGAUUAAUUCUAAACACUUACAUCCCGUCCCCUCUUUCUCGACCUCCCAUUGUUCAGUUCCAUUCACUCAUCUACAACUUCGUUACCUUUACCGCCGCCACAUCCACUCCAUCCGAUUAACAGUGCUACUACUACUGCCGCGAGUGAUUGCUUCAGGGACCAAUAUUGCUGUAUACAAUUGCACACGCUCGCUGCCGCACACUCACACCCACCCACCGUCAGGUCCCACGCUCGUUCGCCGCCGUUUUCCAAAACCAACUUUUCCGAUCUGAAUGCUCCGGUAAAACGAUUUCUAGCUCUUCGAGAGAGCUUCUUGUUUUUGGAUCCGAAUAGGUAUAUUCACUUGGCUGCCGUCCAAUUCGGGGACCCUCCGAAUAACAUUCGUACCCCAGGACCCCAACUCAUUCGCGUGUCACUGCAUCCGAAAUAGAGUCCCUCGACCACAACCGACAUGAUGACCGUUCAAAACGAUUUGACCCAUCGGGGUGUUUCUGGUCAACAGCUUGCCCUCGAGGAUCGCUUUGAAGUACUGAAGGAGAUUGGCGAUGGAAGCUUUGGCAGUGUCGUUUUGGGUAGAGUUCGAACGGCUGGUGCCAACGUUGCUCGCCGAGGUACAGUGGUCGCUAUCAAGACAAUGAAGAAGAGCUUCGAGUCGCUAGCACCAUGUUUGGAACUCCGCGAGGUCGUCUUCCUUCGCACCCUCCCUCAACAUCCUCACCUUGUUCCCGCUCUCGACAUCUUCUUGGACCCUUACACCAAGAAGCUCCAUAUCGCCAUGGAGUACAUGGAGGGUAACCUCUACCAACUGAUGAAGGCUCGCGACCACAAGUGUCUCGACAACGCCAGUGUCAAGAGCAUUCUUUUCCAGAUCAUGCAAGGUCUCGAACACAUUCACUCUCACCACUUUUUCCACCGCGACAUCAAGCCCGAAAACAUUCUGGUCACUACCUCUGGUCACAAUGAAUCUGGCAACACCUUCCGCCGAUACUCAGCUCUCGUUACACCCCCUUCAACACCACCCACAUACACUGUUAAGAUUGCCGAUUUCGGUCUCGCCCGAGAGACACACUCAAAGCUCCCCUACACUACUUACGUAUCAACAAGAUGGUACCGUGCUCCCGAGGUUCUUCUACGAGCGGGAGAAUACUCUGCUCCCGUCGAUAUCUGGGCUGUUGGUGCCAUGGCUGUUGAGAUUGCUACAUUGAAGCCCUUGUUUCCCGGUGGAAAUGAGGUUGAUCAAGUUUGGCGAGUUUGUGAGAUUAUGGGCAGCCCUGGUAACUGGUACAACAAGUCCGGUAACCGCGUCGGCGGAGGAGAUUGGCGUGAGGGAACCAGACUCGCUGGCAAGCUUGGUUUCUCAUUCCCCAAGAUGGCUCCCCAUGCUAUGGACACCAUUCUGCAGACACCCCAAUGGCCGACCUCCUUGAGCCAGUUCGUCACUUGGUGCUUGAUGUGGGACCCCAAGAACCGCCCAACAUCAUCGCAGGCUCUUGCCCACGAGUACUUUGCUGAUGCCGUUGAUCCUAUGCGACCCAAGUCUUCUGCUUCGCGUAUCCUUGGACGCAAGCAGUCCGACCUCAGCCGAAGCAGCAAGGAGGCUACUACUACCACACCCACCUCUGUGAAGCAAUCCUGGUUCCGCAAGUCUCUCAUCGGACGUUCAGAGAGCACCGACCUGGCUACCAUGCAGGCCCAAAUAAAGGAUACCACUGCUCCCAGACCCGCACCUGUACAUGCUUCAUCGGCUGUUGAGGCAUCUACUGCCAAGGUUCGCCCUGCUGCCGGAAAGAGGACCACUUGGACCAAUGGCCCAUCCAACGUAGCGCCCAUGCCAAUUCUUCCCACUGCGCGACCGAUCUCGCCGAUCCCUGAUGCUGUAAAUGCCCGCGCCAACAACACAUACGACGACUCUUACGCUAAUGGACAUGGCCAGGGGAAGACCAAGAAACUUGGCCGACAGCUCUCUGUCGCUUCAAGCACAAACAACUACACAGAAAUGCAUCGGCAACAGGCCGAAAGGGCACUCAAUGGGAAUUCUGGCCUCGCCUCCCCUCCGAGUGGACAGAAGGAGAGCUUCUUUUCACAUCUCAGAAAGCGUGCGCGGCGGUUCUCGGGACGACAUCAGACCCCCGUCUCACCCGCCUAUGACGACGACCUGGAGGCCCAGGUUGGAUGUGGCCCUUGGGCUAGCAACCGGUCGUCCAUGGUUAUUGACCAAUCGCAACAACAGGCUCCCAUUCCUAAAUCCGAGGUCUACGAAUCCCUGGACAAGGCCCUCCGAGAUGUUCAGAACAACCUCGAUUCGCGACCUCCCGUUCCGCCCAGUCACCAGAUCUCGCCUACCAGCACCCUCAAGCGACAUCACUCGCUUCCUCAACACCAAGCCCGGUCAGUAGACAACCUGAUCGGUGCUGCCCGAGGUGGACCCAUCUCUAGCCGAACAAGGAGGGCCCAAGCGACACAUGGCGUGCAUCAAUAUGAGGCUCCUGAUGAGGAAGAGGAGCUUCUAGACGAGGCUUUGACUUCCACUCAGCGGGCCGUCAAGCGCAUGGAGCAGAACCAGAACAAGCCUCUUCGACAGUCGGCUAGCAACAUUGGGCUGAUGAACCCGUAUCCUACGCCGUCACCCUCAGCCAACGGUAAUCAGGUCCUGUUUGCCGAUGGCCACGAGGCUGUUACCCCCAGGCCACUGGACCUCAACAAGAAGACUGAUAACCAGUACAAGUGGCCCACGCCACCAUAUGAGGAAAGCGAGUGGGCAGCAUCAGCAGCCGCUAGCAUCUGGGCUGCUGGCAGUCGCUUUUAAGUGCUUCGUCUUGACAUACUGUUACGAUUACGUCCAGUGGCGCCGAAAAAGUUAUUGAUAUCGACUCGCAUGGUCAUGGUGUUUGGGUGUUUGGGUUGAGAUAUGCGACCCUUUUCUGAUCUUUUUAUCAUUGUUGUAACGUGGGCGGUCCGUUUGAUUUUUGGGCAUACUGGCUUGACUAUACAUACUUUAUUCCUCCCUUCGAUUCAGCACUCAACAUUUUCACCAAAUACCCGGCCGCAGUGUUAUGCCGCCUUCUGCACAUUAUUAUUACUAUUACCUCUUCGCCAUCUCUCACUAUUUGAACCGUUUGCUCUUCUUCGUUUUUAUACCUUGAGUAUCAAAUACCCCCUAUAGACCACAGGCGAGCGCAGCCGCAGCAAGCUGCUUGAAGCAAUACCACACACAUACCACUCAGUCAAUUUCUUUCCUUUGUCUCACUACUAUAUAAGAAAGGUGGAAAGGAGUCUGAGGUGCUUGGGCUGAAUAUGACCGGCCAUUUUCUUUGUCAUAUUCUUGGGUUAUCUUUGCUUGAAUGGACCAAAAAAGGGUCAAACAGGACGCCUCCCCAGGAGAUGGACAGAGUGACGGCCAUACUUAGCCAUCGUUUGCUUAUUGAAGCAUGUAAAAAAGUCAGCGAGCAUUUCAUUAUUCCCCACCUUUUCAGUCAAUGCAUUGGGAGACUGUCGAAUCAAUAGAUGGAGUUUUUCGCCGGCCAGGAUGCCAGACAAAGCAGUUCGCAAUUUUAUGAUCAAAGUAUAUAAUUUUACACGCCCCGGCAACAGGAGAAGGGAUGCCUUGGUAUGAGGAGAGAACCAUGGGGUUAAUCAACAAAAUAUCAAAACAAUUACUGUUUCAUGUGCUCUAUGCUAUUUCUGCUUGGACUGCCCAAUGGCCUAUGUGAACUAAGCAUCGUGGGCUUCAUGUAGAAUGUUGAUGGUCUCGUUAACUCAACAAGGUUUCUGCCUCCCUUUAGUAGUGGGGGAUCAAGUCAGAAUAAUGAGGCAACAUUUGUAGAAAGCGGGGAGGCAGCCAAAUUAGAGAUUGAAAGACAGGAGAUGAGGUGGCUUGAGGAGUGACAUGCACGGUAUUAUUUGCACAAUAUUAAGCUGGGAUGGGAAUAAGCAAAUCUCUUAUUUAGACUUUUGCAAUAUUACUAUAGUUCACACGAGUGACCGUUGGGGUGUCAUUGUUGCGAGCCAAAAUGUGAUCAAUAACAUUGAGUGUAGUGAGA